CAUUCUGCACCGAUUUGGAGUAGAAACCUGUAUUAGGGGAAACCAGGGUCCUUGGCAUUUUUUCCCCCGAGCAGUGCACCCAGAAUCCAAAAAGAUUUUUAGAAAAAAGAAAGGAAAGAAAGAGAGAAAGGAAAGGAAGAAAGCACAGCUCUUUGGUAACCCGGAUAGGGCUACGGACUCGUCCUACUGGACAGCAGCUCUGGGAAUUCAUUUUUGAGGUCAAUUUCCAAUCGAGAUAAAUCUAUUGGAUUAGUAGGAUUAUCUGAUCGCAGCUCAAAGAAGUAACGUUGUUUGAUCGUUUGUAUUUCUUGCCUGAUGGUCGGAAUUACACGGAUGCGGUUUUGGUUCUCCAGGAUUCGGAAUCGUGGCAGCAUCUGGAGAGAAAAAAGCAUCAAUCCACACGUUUAGGAAGUGUCCGUGGGUGAAUAAAGAGGGAGGGGGAGGUGGAACCAGGGUUGCGGCUGCUUAAAGAAAAAAAAUAAUAAUAAAGGAAGCAUCUUGAAUACUGAAACAAGAAUUACCCAGGUCCAGGGGUUGAAAAGAAAGCAUCUACAGACUGGUAAAUACUUUGACAAUUUGGACUUGAAUUUGACAGCGAAGUGUUGUUAAAACUGUCUCCUUGAAUAAUUGAAGGAGGACUGGGGGAAGAUGAGGGGGCUCCCUCCGUGGACGUGUCUUGCUGAGGGGUAUAGACCCACAGCUAACUGGAUUUGAUUUAUACGAAGGGAAUCUACAUCAAUGGCCACUCUCGCCACAUUGCUACUAUGGAAACCAGAAUGGUCAAUAGGAGAUGGUCUGAUGAAUAGUGAUGAUUGAAGCUGUUACAUCAAUCUGUGUGAAAUCAAUGGGAGCUACUUGCUGCAUGAAGAGUGUUCUGAGCUUUCCUUAACAAGCUCAUAUUUGAGAAAUUGGAGGCGCAUUGUACCAUCAUUCCAUCUUUCUCAAGUGGAUACCGAUACAUUUGCCUCACUAUACCAGAUAACUAAACAACUAAUGUGGGACCAUGGCACUUCCCAGAUACAUGUGGCCAAAUUAUGUUUGGAGAGCCAUGAUGGCGUGUGUGGUACACAGGGGUUUGGGUGCCCCAUUGACUCUCUGUUUGUUGGGAUGUUUGCUACAGACUGUCCACGUGCUCUCUCAAAAAUUGGAUGAUGUUGAUCCAUUGGUUACUACUAACUUUGGCAAGAUAAGAGGAAUUAAGAAAGAACUCAAUAAUGAAAUUUUGGGGCCUGUCAUUCAGUUUCUUGGGGUUCCAUAUGCUGCUCCACCGACAGGAGAUCAUCGAUUUCAGCCUCCAGAACCCCCAUCUCCUUGGUCCGAUAUCCGGAAUGCCACUCAAUUUGCUCCUGUGUGUCCCCAGAAUAUCAUUGACGGCAGAUUGCCUGAAGUUAUGCUUCCUGUUUGGUUCACUAAUAACUUGGAUGUGGUUUCAUCAUAUGUACAAGACCAGAGUGAAGACUGCCUAUACUUAAACAUCUAUGUCCCAACUGAAGAUGUAAAAAGAAUAUCCAAGGAAUGUGCCAGAAAACCCGGCAAGAAAAUAUGUAGAAAAGGAGGUCCCCUUACAAAGAAACAGACAGAUGAUUUAGGUGAUAAUGACGGUGCUGAAGAUGAAGAUAUUCGGGACAGUGGGGGUCCCAAACCAGUGAUGGUGUACAUCCAUGGUGGCUCUUACAUGGAAGGUACUGGAAAUCUAUAUGAUGGGAGUGUCUUGGCAAGCUAUGGCAAUGUGAUUGUCAUCACAGUCAACUAUCGGCUUGGGGUACUCGGCUUCUUGAGCACAGGGGAUCAGGCUGCCAAAGGAAACUACGGGCUCCUUGACCUCAUCCAGGCCCUGAGAUGGACUAGCGAGAACAUUGGGUUCUUUGGUGGUGACCCCUUGAGAAUCACAGUGUUUGGAUCAGGCGCUGGGGGCUCAUGUGUCAAUCUGCUGACUUUAUCCCAUUAUUCUGAAGGUAACCGUUGGAGCAAUUCAACCAAAGGACUUUUUCAACGAGCAAUAGCUCAGAGCGGAACAGCCCUUUCCAGCUGGGCUGUUAGUUUCCAGCCUGCAAAAUAUGCUAGAAUGCUGGCCACAAAGGUUGGCUGCAAUGUGUCAGAUACGGUAGAGUUAGUGGAAUGCCUGCAGAAGAAGCCUUACAAAGAACUUGUUGAUCAAGAUGUUCAGCCAGCCCGAUACCACAUAGCCUUUGGACCAGUGAUCGAUGGUGAUGUAAUACCAGAUGAUCCUCAGAUACUGAUGGAACAAGGAGAGUUCCUCAACUAUGAUAUAAUGUUAGGAGUUAACCAAGGGGAAGGGCUGAAGUUUGUUGAGAAUAUAGUAGAUAGUGAUGAUGGUAUAUCAGCCAGUGACUUUGACUUUGCUGUUUCUAAUUUUGUUGACAACCUAUAUGGAUAUCCCGAAGGAAAAGAUGUUCUGAGAGAAACCAUUAAAUUCAUGUAUACUGACUGGGCUGAUCGUCAUAACCCUGAAACUAGAAGGAAGACAUUGUUGGCGUUGUUUACAGACCACCAGUGGGUAGCACCCGCUGUGGCUACAGCAGAUCUUCACUCAAAUUUUGGCUCACCUACAUACUUCUAUGCCUUCUAUCAUCAUUGCCAAACAGAUCAAGUUCCAGCUUGGGCUGAUGCAGCUCACGGAGAUGAGGUUCCCUAUGUGUUGGGAAUCCCCAUGAUUGGCCCUACCGAGUUAUUUCCUUGCAAUUUCUCAAAGAAUGAUGUGAUGCUGAGCGCAGUAGUAAUGACAUACUGGACAAAUUUUGCUAAAACUGGUGACCCAAAUCAACCAGUUCCUCAAGACACAAAAUUCAUUCAUACUAAACCCAAUCGCUUUGAAGAAGUAGCAUGGACCAGAUAUUCCCAGAAAGACCAACUUUAUCUCCAUAUUGGACUAAAACCAAGGGUUAAGGAGCAUUACAGAGCCAAUAAAGUAAAUCUCUGGUUGGAGCUGGUACCUCAUCUGCAUAAUCUCAACGAUAUUUCUCAGUAUACCUCGACAACAACUAAAGUGCCGUCAACGGACAUCACUCUCAGACCGACAAGGAAAAAUUCCACACCAGUCACAUCAGCCUUUCCCACUGCCAAACAGGAUGAUCCCAAACAACAACCAAGUCCUUUCUCGGUGGAUCAGAGGGACUACUCCACAGAGCUAAGUGUCACGAUUGCAGUGGGAGCAUCUCUGUUGUUUCUGAACAUCUUGGCCUUUGCAGCUUUAUACUACAAAAAGGAUAAGAGGAGACAUGAUGUCCACCGAAGGUGCAGUCCUCAGCGCACGACCACUAACGACCUGACCCACGCUCCUGAGGAAGAGAUCAUGUCCCUCCAAAUGAAGCACACUGACUUGGAUCACGAGUGUGAGUCCAUCCAUCCACACGAGGUGGUUCUCCGGACCGCCUGCCCCCCAGAUUAUACUCUAGCUAUGAGGAGGUCACCUGAUGAUGUUCCUUUAAUGACACCAAACACCAUCACAAUGAUUCCCAAUACUAUACCAGGGAUUCAGCCCUUACACACAUUCAACACAUUUACUGGAGGACAGAACAAUACACUGCCCCAUCCCCACCCUCACCCCCAUUCACAUUCAACAACCAGGGUAUAGCCAGAUGAGAGAGACAAACUGAUAUUUUUUUUUUUCUGAUGGAGUGCAGUAGACGGUUAUUGAAGAUUCCUUGGCUUUCAACUCGGAAGACUCUCGCUAUUUAAAUAAGGAGGAAUAUUAUGUGAAUAUACAUAUCAAGAACUUUGGGGUUUUUGAAAAAGUGAAUUGUAUAUAGAUAUACACACAAAUCAACUUUAAAAAACAAAUUGCAAUUGCUCGAAGCAAUUGUCCUGAAUGAUACUUUUUCAUUCACAUUCAAGAAUUAAUUUGUUGAAGAUUUAAGUUACAUAAUGGAGUUAGGCAUGUGGAACACCAAACAGGAAAGUACUGUGUCUGAAAUACUUAAAAAAAAAAAAAAAAAGAAAAACAAAAAUAAAAUCAACCAUGAAUAUGCACAAGGGAUACACCAAUGGAAUGUCCGAUAAUUUUCGUCAGUUUUCAUUUGGAGCCCUUUAAUUGUGUAGACCACAUUUGCUUAAACACACAGAGCACGGUGCUGUUAAUGGCAUAGCAGAGGCUCAUGCUGAAAAUUGCCAGUAAAACAAAGAAGUUUAAAGACUGGCAGGUACAACAAUAUCACAUAAGUGCUGUCAGUACCAAGUCAUGGGGAUCAAGGAGACUGGAUAUUUUUAGCACGAUGUGCAUGAUAAUUUAUAUGCUUGGUGGCUGUGCUGCUGAUUAAGCCGUAAUUAAAAUUCUUCUCUUCCCAUUGGAGUUUUUAAUAGGAGCUUCCUCCAUCAAUUGGCAGAACCUAAAGAAGAUUUUUAUAAGGGGCAAAAGUAAUGACAAUAAAAUAAUUUGCAGUAGUUUCAAUAAUACAGGGAAUAGUUAUUAAAGUCUUUGGAGAAGCUAGAGUUAUAAGCAGUGAAUACUCACUGAUAUAAGUCCCAGAAAAAAAAAUCUUAUGAGUUUAAUAUUCUUUUCAUUCCCUUAUAAGUAAUUUAUAGAAAUACAACUCUAAUUGGACAUAUAUUAGCCUUAGAUCUAUAAUUUGCUGUGGGGUUGUUACUCUGAAGUUUGCUCCUUUUGGUAAGGGAAAGUAUUAUAGUUUUUCAAGGUGUAUGGGUGCCCCAAUAGUAUGGCUCUGAUUACAAUUCUCAGUUAAUUGAUUUACUCAUGUUGCAUGACAAAAUGUUUACUACUAAUAAUUCAAUAUAAAGUUCAGCCCCUCUUCACAUUGCUUCUUUCUCACUGAGGUUCACUUGAAUUACUCAUGAGAUCUCAGUAGAGGACAACGUAGGUGCAGAACCUAGGAGAGUCAACAGCUGGAGGGUUUGUCUUCACACAUGUGCAAUUUCAAGUGAAUUACAUAAGACCACAGGAAAUUCUGGAUCCCCUGUUCUUUACCAGGAACAUC